GGUCGAGGCAGAGGCGAGCUGGAGGGGGCCGCGCUCCCAGCCCAGGAGAGUCCGACGUUCCCGGGGCGGGGUCGAACCCGCGCCGACGCGAGCGGCGGAGGCUUAAGAGAGCUCUGGUCCCCGCCUACCAAUGGCUACGGAGCAGUGGUUCGUGGGACCGCUGCCCCCGGGCCCCGGGGAGACGCCGCCCCCUGACGACUUGGAAUCUGGGGCACAGCCCUGCGGAGAUGUCUCGUGGUCCACGCCCCCUGGCCGACCUGGGGACCCACCCGAGGCGGAGCCCCAGGACCAGGACGUCCAGGGGCAGCUGCCCGAGGCCUCUACUUCCAUGCCCUACCCCGAGCCUCUGGCCCGGGGCCCCGGGCACCCACCUCCUCGCCUGCCCUUGGACACCAUGUUCAGCCCCCUCACCGAACAGCUGCGCUACCUGCUCAAGAAGGCGGACGAUUUCCAGAGCUACUUGCUCUACAGCAGAGACCGGGUGCAGAAGGACCAGCUGGCGAAGGCCAUGCCCACCUUCCUGCACAUAUGUGAGCCCUACUUCCUGUACCUAGAGGCGGCCGCACGCAGCGUGCCCCCCAUCUAUGGAGCCCUGCAGGAGCUGCUCCGCAAGGGGCUGUUGGAGAUCUCCCAACAGCUGACCCUUCGCCUGGAACAGGUGGUCCUCAUGUACGCUUCCUUUGGGUUCGUGGGCCUGGAGGAGACUGACCCCCUGAGCAUCUCUUGUUUCUUCUGCGGGAGGUUUGCCAUCAGCCCUUCCCACGAGGUGUCCAUCUUCAGAUACUGUGCCCCAGCCGCCUACACUGCCAGCCGCUUCCCCAGAUACCUGUAUAAGAAGAUGCGCUGGAACCUGGAAACCACCCCUGAGCCCAGCGUCCAGGGGCAAGACUCCUACGUGGAUUACUACUUCCUGUGCUAUCGGGACACCUGGGAAGACACAGGCUCAAGUCCGGCCAAUUCGUGCCCCCAGAUCCAGAAGCUGUGGUCCAUUGGCCGAUGGGUGCCGCUCGAGCCCGCCGAGGAUGACCUGUAUUCAUGGAUCUUGUGCCCGCAGCCGCUUGGGGACUACCAGCAGCUGCUGACCAUCGGCUUCGAGGAACCGUCGCACACGCUGGCCACCGACCUGCUGGUGCAGAUGCUCACGGGCCAGGCGGGCCCGGCACGGCCCCCGAGAGCAGCCGGGCCCGCGGCGUGGGCCGCGCAGGGGCCUUGAACCCGGAGAGCGAGCGGGGAAAGCUGGCGCCUGACAGCUGCAAACUCCUGGAGAGGGGCGGGGGGCCUCCCUCGCUCUGCUGGUGCAGCUCGGCCUCGCCUUCCCCGGGCCGGGCUGAGCUGGGCCGGGCCGAGCUGGGCGGUGCGCUCCGGGGCCGGUCGG